UCAGAGCGAAGUAAGGGAGGAUAUUACCCGCCUUCUACCGCAAUACCCAAUAACUACUCAAUGCACAGCGCGUGUGGGAGAAUCAGUCCUGAUCAUAUGUGGCCAAACCAGCAGCUACACAGGUCUUAGAAGCAUCUGCCAUCUUCAGUCUUGAAAGUGGCCUCAUUUUCCAGCGCUUUUGUGUCAGAAGACGUGACUGAAAGUGUGCAAGUCAGAAGGAAGCUGGGACGGUAGGGGUCAGCCAAUCGGAGGUGAGAGAUGAGGACACAAGGGCAGUGGGCGGUACUGGCAGUGUUGUCAAUAAUCUUGCUGUUGUCAGAUGAGGCAGCUCCAAUUGAAGUCCCACUAGACCCAAAGAUCCAGCAAGAGCUGAAACAGCCCCCCACCAUUGUGAAGCAGUCGCUGAAGGACUACAUUGUGGACCCCAGAGAUAACAUCAUCAUUGAAUGCGAGGCAAAGGGAAACCCAGUGCCAACGUUUCAGUGGCGGCGAAAUGGGAAAUUCUUUAACGUGGAGAAGGACCCACGGGUCACCAUGAGGAAACGUUCAGGAACUUUGGAGAUCAAAAGUAGCGGAAAACCGGAAGAUUAUGAAGGAGAGUACCAGUGCUUCGCCACCAACGACUUUGGCACUGCAAUUUCCAACAAAAUCCUGCUUCAAGUGUCCAAGUCUCCGCUGUGGCCAAAGGAGGUUCUGGAGCCGGUGACUGUGCGUGAGGGGGCCUCACUUGUCCUGCCCUGCAACCCGCCUCCAGGCCUCCCCCCUCCAGAAACCUUUUGGAUGGACAGCUUCAUUAUGCCUAUAGCGCAGGACAAGCGGGUUUCAAUGGGCUUGAAUGGUGACCUAUUCUUCUCCAAUGUUUUGGCGAAGGACGCCAACACAGACUACAGCUGCAACGCUCGGUUCGAGUUCACACACACCAUUCAGCAGAAGAACCCUUUCACCCUUAAAGUGCAAACAACACGUAAUGUGCCAGAAACCCAGCCUAGCUUUCUGUCUCCAAAGGCGUCAUCUAGCUCCAAGAUGGUCCUACGAGGAGAGCAGCUUCUUCUGGAGUGUAUAGCAGCUGGAGUCCCAACACCUACCAUUAAGUGGUUUAAAAGAGGAGGAGACCUGCCAUUACAAAAAGUCAAGCUUGAAAACUUUAAUAAGACAUUACACAUCCACAAUGUAUCCGAAGAAGACUCUGGUGGCUACAUCUGCUUGGCCAGCAACAAGAUCGGGAGUAUUCGCCACUCGGUUGAAGUUCAGGUCAAAGCUGCUCCUUAUUGGCUAGAUAAGCCCACCAAUCUGGUGCUUGCUCCUGAAGAGAGUGGACGAUUAGUGUGUCGUGCCAGUGGGAACCCUAAACCCACUAUCCAAUGGCUGGUAAAUGGGGAACCUAUAGAGAGUGAAGUGCCAAACCCAAACCAAAAUGUUCUUGGUGACACCAUAAUGUUCAACUCAGUGCAGAUUGGCAGCAGUGCUGUGUAUCAGUGCAACGCCUCCAACGAGCAUGGUUACCUAUUGACCAAUGCGUUUGUCAACAUCCUGGACAUGGCUCCACGAAUGCUAGGCUCAAAGAACCAGUUGAUCAAAGUCAUUGAAAACAACAGGACCUUCCUUGACUGUCCUUUCUUUGGUUCACCAAUCCCUUCACUGCGCUGGUUUAAGAAUGGCCUAGGCAGUGGUCUGGACGGUGGUCAGUACAAACUGUACCAGAAUGGUACUUUGGAGAUCGCACAGGCUCGGCCAGAAGACCAGGGCACAUACACCUGUGUCGCAAGCAACAUCCUGGGCCAGACAGAGAAUCAGGUGCGCCUGGAGGUCAAAGAGCCUACAAGAAUAGUGCGAGCCCCAGAGCAUGUCACCAAACCCAGAGGAAGCACAGUUCGCUUUGUCUGUCAAGAAAAACAUGAUCCAUCCCUCCAUGCUACAGUCACAUGGCUGAAAGAUGAUAAGCCUCUAAGCAUCACCUGGAUGAGCCGGUUAAAAAAGGAUGAUCAAUCCUUGAUUAUUACUAAUAUAAAUCCAGAAGAUGGGGGAACCUAUACAUGCACUUCCAAAACUGAAAUAGAUGAAGACUCUGCUUCAGCUCGCCUUACAGUUAUAGAGGAUGACAUCUCAUCUGCCUCAAAUCGUAGUGCCUCUGCAGAUCGACCCAACGCCCCUCAGGAUCUUGAGCUAUCUGACCCAUCAGCUCGUAGUGUCAGACUCACCUGGGUGCCUGGGGAUGAAAACAACAGCCCUGUUACACAUUUUCUAGUACAAUUUGAAGAGGACAGGUGGGAGCCGGGGAAGUGGCAGAACCUGUCUACACAUGAUGGCAACCUAAACUCAGUUAACCUGCAGCUAUCACCCUUUGUCAACUACCAGUUCAGAGUUAUUGCAAUCAAUGCUGUGGGCCAGAGUCAACCCAGCCACCCCUCUGCACGCUAUCAGACCAGUGGAGCUCCUCCUGAUGUUGUCCCAAGUAGUCUUAAAGGCUGGGGAAGUAAGAAAAACAAUAUGGAGAUCACAUGGCAGGCCCUGCAGAACACCGAAAGGAAUGGGCCAAACCUGCAAUAUGUGCUCUGCUGGAGAAUGAAAGACACAGAGGAUGAGUGGAACAACAUAACCACCACCAAAGCGAAGCACGUUGUUCAUUCUACAGACACCUAUGUUCCUUAUGAGAUCAAAAUACAAGCUGUGAAUGACUUUGGACAUGGUCCGGAGUCAAACAUAGUCAUUGGUUAUUCUGGGGAAGACAAACCAUCCGCUGCACCGACAGCACUUAAAGUGUCGAAGAUAAACAGCACAAAAGUAAAUAUUCACUGGACCCCUGUGGACCCCAGCACUGUGAAUGGAGAGUUUAGGGAGUACAAGUUGUACUACUGGCGGGAGGCCAGCCUGACAAAGGGCCAGAGAGUGAACAAGACAAAGCUGCAUAAAGGUUUCUUCACAACGGCAGACCAUCCAUCUGGCAUCCUGACUGAACUCUCUCCUUAUAGCAAAUACAAAAUGUACAUGGUGGUGGCUAAUAGAGAAUACGAGGGACCACAAAGCAACACUGUGGAGUUUUACACCAAGGAGGGAGAGCCAGGGGCUCCAAAGUACUUCAAGAUUCAGAGCCACACAGACGUGGUUCACCUGAAGUGGGACAAGCCUGUCGAGCCAAAUGGUAUCCUAAUUGGAUAUACACUCCAGUACCACACAGUGAAUGGGACUCAGGCGGGGGAGAGGAAGGUCGAGAGUUUUCCACCCAAUGUGACGGAGUACAAAAUGAAUGUGCCUCACCGUUUCACACGCUACAAGUUCUACCUAGCAGCUCGCACGCAGGUUGGGGCAGGAGAGGUGUACGCUGUGGAGUCGCCACAUUUUGCAAAUGAAGGCACCCCAGAUACUGACUCUACAGUUGUAGCGGUUAACUUUACAGAUGCCUUGAUGUUCGAAACCCCUCCUCCUCCCCCUCCCCUCUCCACCGCCCCAAUCCCAACAAUAUUUGCCCCAGAACCAGCCACACCAGCCCCUACACUUGCUGCUCUACCCAAACCUACUACUACGACAACUACCACUACUACUACUACUACUACUACUACCACCACAACUACAACAGCUUCCACCACAAUUCUUCCUGUUCGGCCUGUUGCUCCUAAAACAGUGGAUUGGAAAAUGCUGGCCCCGAAUGUAAAGAUCUGGAAUCUGACCGUGGAUGCUAACAAUGACUAUGCUAACGUCAGCUGGAAGCACAACUUCUCCGUUGACAGCAGCGAGUUUGUGCUAGAGUUCACACUGGACAGUAAUGGGUCGAUGAGAAGUGUACAAGUAAACCAUCAGCCUCCCAUUAAGCUGGCAGGGCUGGUGGCCGGGGCCAAGUAUCGGUUGCGGGUGUAUUCCCAUGAGCACCACUCCAUCAGCAGCGACUAUGUCACGUUCGAGACAGGCAGAGCUUACAAAGAGCAGGAGGACAUUGCUACUCAGGGCUGGUUUAUUGGGCUGAUGUGUGCUGUCGCUCUAUUGGUUCUUAUCCUUCUCAUCGUCUGCUUCAUCAAGAGGAGUCGCGGAGGAAAAUACCCAGUAAGAGAAAAGAAAGACCUCCCAUUAGAUCCUGUUGACCAUAAAGACCAAGACGGAUCAUUCGACUAUCAUAGCGAUGAGGACAACAAGCCUUUGCAGGGCAGCCAAACCUCCUUGGAUGGGAACGUAAAAGAGAGUGAUGACAGUCUGGUAGACUAUGGUGAAGGAGGGGAUGGUCAGUUCAAUGAGGAUGGCUCUUUCAUUGGCCAAUACACGGUUAAGAAGGACAAGGAGGAGACGGAGGGAAACGAAAGCUCAGAGGCCACGUCGCCUGUCAAUGCCAUCUAUUCUCUGGCAUAGCACCCUGGCCUAGGGAUGGCACCCCCAGCAGGCCGGAGGGUGGCACUACAUGCAUACAAAUAAAUAUAUAUUCAGAGAGAAUUAUUAAAAAGUAUUCACAUUAAAAGCACUGGAGUGCAUGAUCCUUCUGAACAAGGGAUGGGAGGGAGAAAACAAAUGCAGGUGAGCCGGCUGUGGUUUGGAAACUGUUAAAGAGCCUGUGUUUGAGGAAUUCAGAGUAUCACCUGGGUCCCCAUGCCCCACAAAGACUUUAGUGUUUCAUUAGGGCCAUGGGAUUGAAACGUGGGUAUUUCAAGCUUUUUGUGUGGCUUAUGGUCUUCUUUUUUUAUUUUGAAAAUCUUUAAUUGGCUCGUCCCUCCAACUCAUUGUAGCUAGCAUCAAAGAAAUGGAGAUACAAGCACCGGUCCUGUGACAUAUCAACUGUGGGUCGACUCAGCUGCAGAAUGUCUGCAAAUACGUUUAUCAUAUUGAUAUUUCCGCAGUGAAUGAUCCAGCAGAUAGAUGCGUCCAAAGACAUGAAUUCUGUAUAGAGUGCUGUGCUAUACGAAACUAUGCACUUGGUAUUAUCACAUCUUGCUUUGGGUUAAAAUUGGACAUUAUAAUCUCAUGUUUUUUGUUUAUUUUGACUUUGCAAAAAACAAAACCUGUGGUCCUUGAAAAGAUCUAUACUAUAACUGAACUGAUGUCAUGCUUUUAUUUUCACUGGCUGCAACUAUAAAAUGCCACUAUUGCCACCAAUAGGUAUAGGCUGAGGUUAGAGGGCGUCACUUGUAAAUAAUGAAAAAAAGACAUAAUUUUGAAGCAUGGUAGUAUUUUAGUGCACAGGACAAUGGAGAGUUGUAGUAAGAAGAGCCGCAAGGAUAUAUACAUAUUUUGUAAAACGUACAUCAUUUGUUUCUAAUUAAUUUUUUCCACUCUUUUAUUAAUCAGCUUGGUUAAGAUUUUGGUGUCAGAAUACAUUUAUUCAGGGAGUCUAAAAAUGUUUGAGGUGCAUCAACACAUUGGUGGAUUGUCAUUUAAGGGUAUUAAGGUAGUAUAAGCAUCCAUAACUCAAUAUAGAGUAUCAGCCAUAAGCACUGAACUACAGAACUAAGCAUUUGGGAAUCGUUCACUGUUAGUAUUCAAUUGUCAAAAAAAAAAAGAAAGAAAGACUCAAUACAAGGAGAUAGCCCCUUAGAUUUUCACUAAUCAAUCUUCACAGAAGUAAAUAUUGUAGUUACAAAAUGCAGUGCAGAGAAGUGUACAUAUUUGAUAUUAUAUAUGUUUGGGCAUAUGUAAGGGGUUUAUCUAGUGGUGCAUUCUCUUUGUUUGGAGCGUGGCUGAGACACUGCCCUAAAAACAUGCCACUGUAACUCUAGUGCCACUCAAGGUGGUAGGUUGUUCUCUAGCUUGUGCUAUCACACUACCACCAUUACUUUUUUCCUGCACUACAUACGUUCUCUUUCAAGUUCACUCUGUGGGGUCUAAAAGUCUGCGAUCACGCUGAAAAUCUGGAGGUUUUUCCCUUUGCUUUAAACCUUGGAAAAACAAAUUGGGGAUUUUGAACGUUUAAAAUUAGAAAAGUUAUGACGUAAAUUGAAGAACAAAUAUUUACGUUUCUGCACUAGUCGCUAAUGAAAUAUGUGCAAAUUCUAUACAUUGUCAAAUCAUGCUGCGAUAACAUGGAUCUAAUGGUCUCAGACUUUUGGAUCCCACACUAUUUAUAGAUUUUAUUUGUAAAAAAUAAUAUGGACUAAUAUAUUUAUAAUUUAUUGAUGACUGCACAUCCAAAUGUAACAGCUAAUCUGAUAUGAGGUACUCAGCUGUGAUUUUGGCACAUUGUGAAAUCUUCUCUUUGUAAUGUAGGAUAAAAGCUUCAGAGAUCAAGCUAUAUUAGAACCAUAUUUGUGGCCAUGUAAAAUAAUUCAACUUAAUGUCACCAUGAAAGGGGGUAUGUCUUAUUUGUUAAUUGUGCUGCUCUUUUUCUGUAUUAAUGUUGUUGUAUCACCGCUAUUGUGUUAAUAUAUUAGAAUGUAUUUAAUGUAACUUUUACAUAACAAAAAUGGAAAGUUAUGUAUUUAUUUUUCUCGAAUAGGGCCUCAAUCUUUGAAUCACUUAUGUAAUCAUCAAUAUCCUUUUUUGGUUUUUGCAGGUUUACUGUAUUACAGUAAAGUAACUGAAUCCGUAAUGAUUCAUAAUAAAAAAGCUUUUGGUGCAUCCAAAAAUGGAUUGGAACGCACAGUUUUGGAUUUGAAUUCAGCCAGAGGGGUGGCUUAGCUGUUGUCUUUGGUGUAUGAAAGAGACUUGUUUUUUGUGUCUUGCCAUUUUUAUUGGAUUCUAGGUGACAUAAUGAACCUCCUUAAACGAUUUUCCCUAAUGUCCUUAUUUCAAAGCACCAUUAUUGAUUAUGUAAAUAGCAGAUGCUGUAGAAUUGUAGCAUUCUGCACAAACCUAUUGAGAAACCUUUUUGUAAACAUCAUUUGAAUUGUGUUACACAAAAGAAAUGUUUUAUAAUUUCCGGUUCAUGUAUUACUGCACGACAACGCCCAGCUGACUGCUCUUUGAAAGGGCUGAAUAUCAGGUCGUAAUGUCCUGAUAGGGCUGUGAUGUCUUAUACAAUGCCUUCACAUUAAAGUAAUAUGUGUACAUGUAGUUCAUCGGGCCAAACUGUGGCCUUUCCAUCAAUUCUGCUUUCUCCAGUACCUCAAAGCAAUACUAUCCUCAUUUGCCUUUUUGCUAUUCAGUUUACUGCACAGUAGGCCUAGUCUACCAGCGUUUUUCGAGUUCAUAUAGUGAUUUACAUACACAGACAACUCUUUAGAUCACACAUUCUGGUGUGCUCACUGACUGUAGCUUUGUGAGUGUCGCAGCGUAACAUCAAGAAUAUUCAGAGAUGGAAUUUCAAAGUUGGCUUGAACCCGUUCCGCCCCACCUUGCCUUGAACUUCUGCAGCCACUUUUAACGUCUGCACAGAUUGUUGUCCCUGUACCAGUUGUUGUGAACUGGCAAAGUUCAUUAAAUGUAUAUACUACUAUAUAUUUGUUGGUUGGUAUAUUGCUUACUCUGUCUUUCUCCCAAUGUUAGAUCAUUGUGUACUUAUUAACUGGCAUCAUAUUCUCAUUACCGUAAAACAAGAUUGAUGAUAAUUUCCACACCAGAGCCCAUGUCAAAUUUAAUGUAAUUUUUAAAUUCAGCAAAAAUGCCUAUGGUGGUUUGCAGGUUAUUAUUAUUAUGUCCAGGAUAAGUUAAUAUAUUGUGUUUUUCAGCUUUUUUAAAUUGCUUAUCAUGCAGGUUAACAGUGUUUUUCUGUAAAUCUGGCCAGAGAAAAAUGGCCAAUCAUUAUGUUCACCAUGUAUGCGUGUAUGAUGAGAUGCUGCAACUUAAUCUGCUCGAGACGCCUUUCUUUAAAUUAAAGCUGUAAUUUUCUCAACCUUCUGAUCUG